UAGCGUAUAUCGACGUUCAUCAACGCAUUACAAAAGUUCAGUCAUUUCGAAUUAAGUAUACAAGUUUCCAGAACUUUUACAGCGUUAGCCGUUACCGAAGUAUGAAAACAGUAAUAAGGCGUGACAACACAUGCAGUAAAAUAAAGAUACAUGCAUUAAAACUAUAUGUUUAAAAGUUAUACCACUAAGGUUUCCUAUAUUUGCUUGAUAUAUUUCUUAUACAUGCUAUAUGUUUGCACUGUUUGGUUAUCAAAAACGUUUAUAACCCAUUUUUUAUUUCAUUAAUUUGGAAGCAAACAAACACAUGCAUUUUUUGGAGCAAUAUAUAUAUGGUCAAAGUAAAGCAAAUUUAAAACAACGAUCAAUAAAAAUAGAUGUAUUGUUUACACGACAUUUCGAUUGUCGGUUUGGACUAUUCGGCUUCACGUGUAAUUUUAUUGGCAAGACGGUGAUUUCUGAACAUUCGUAAAAUAUUUCUAAGAUAUUGAAUACCUGAAUCUAAGUAAUCUGACCUUGCUUUUAACCUUUAGGCAAUUUAUUCAUUAUCAAAACAGAAAUUCAGUGAAAAAUUUUGUCCGCGGCAAGAUGCCAAAAGCGUCACACUCUUCGACUAGUGUCGGAGUCUUUUAUUCACUUCAUCUGUUUCUAACCCUCCUAUGUAUUGGAGGAGUUUUAUAUCUUUUUUUAUCCUUGCGUGAAUUACAAAAUGAAAUUAAGGAACUCAAACAAUCGAGAUGCGGUUUAACAAACACAGACGAAAUCGAAAGUGAUGUGUUAAGAUCAACUCAGAAUGGAAACAAGGUUUUCAACCACACACUAAAAGACAAGAAUAAGAGGAAUAGAAGAGCGUUUGGCUCAGGAUCAACAAAAAAUCAAACUUGCGUAAAGAUUGUUCGUGAUUUUAUGAAACUGUUGGAAGAAUCAAAUUUAUUGAUUCAAAACAAAACAAAUAGUGAUACUCUAAACAGUAUUGUCUGUCUGCCCGGGCAGAAGGGGUCACAAGGCAAUACAGGUCCUGUGGGUCCCCGUGGUAUGAGAGGAUUUAAUGGUACAAAGGGUGAUAGAGGUGCACCUGGCCCACGUGGUGUGAAAGGUGAUCCGGGGGAUCUCAUGAAGGCAUUUGAAGUUCCACCAAAGAUAAUUUCUCACCCACCAAAAACAAGAUUUAUUGACGAGGGAGACAAACUUACCUUGAGCUGCACGGCCAUCGGCUAUCCUCUUCCUUCUGUGAUCUGGAUGAAAGACAACGAAACUCUCCCUGGAACACGGUUGUUUCCAGAACGAGGCAAAGGGAUGAGUCUUGAGUUAAAAAAGAUCACCUACGAAAGGAAAGGAAAAUACACUUGUGUUGCCAGGAAUUCCGUAGGAACUGCAACUUUAGAUGUAAAAAUUAUCAUCAAAGUACCACCAAAACGACUGAUAUCACCAGAAAUAAUUAGAUAUAAAGGGAACGCGGUUAACCUAAAAUGUCCAGUGGAUUCUUACCCACCCGCUGACAUAAAAUGGAUGAAGCCUGGUUAUUCCCUACAGGUUGGCGAAGUGUCAGAUAUCAAUAACACUCUCCAUAUUGGAUAUGCAACGGAAAAACAUGAAGGAAUAUAUCUAUGUAGGGGGAAAAACAUGUUUGGCUUUACUUUUACUGCAUUAUCUCUGAAAGUUAGGAAUGAAGUUCGACCGACAUUCAAUAAAAAUCUUCCAUCGUCACGUGGUGUAUUCCGGCACGAAAGGGUCAUAGUUGAUUGUGCUGCAAUGGGGGAUCCUGUCCCGAGCGUCACGUGGACAGAACCUGGCCAGAGACAUUAUGUCACGCAAGAACAACAUGCUGAAUUGAUUAUAGGUUCAUUUGACUUUUUUGAUGAAGGAAACUAUACUUGCACUGCACAGAACACCUUAGGCAGCCAAGUAACAGCUACUAUAAAACUAUACAUCAUAAAAUGUCCUACCCUGGAGCCUCCAAUUAACGGUCAAAUGAUCAAAUUGAACGAAGCUAGUGAUGACGUCAUGUUAUUCUCAUGCGAUCAAGGAACACAAAUGAUUGGUCCGGAGAUACGAAUGUGUCAACGCAAUGGAACCUGGACAGGAAGAACAACGUACUGUAUUGGGAAUCGCCUGCACAAAGAAGGUUCAAUUAUUCUUAAAGGGCAGAAAGAGUACAGCCAGCGUCUCCUUACUUUUCUAAGACCAGUCCAGUCCACAACCACUUCUAAUUGGAGACUCUGUUAUCGAGCCAGCAAAGAUGGAUGGUCAGCGAUGAACUUUCAUGGCGCAUGCGGAGACAAGCAGUUUACUGUUUCUAUUUUUAAAGUGGGCAUUUAUAUAUUCGGUGGUUACUCUGAUAAAAAAUUUGGAGCUCCCGUACGAGAGUACCGUCGUAAUAGUUAUGGUAACAACUAUAGAACAUAUAGAACAAACAGACGUGAAUGCUAUCGGAGUUCAAAAGCAUUUUUAUUCUCACUAAUAAAUCGUGACGGCCUUCCACCGUUUACAAGCAUGCCAUUCCAAAACUACAACAGUGCUGUAUGUGCUGAUAACACAAAAGGAGCGGUGUUCAGCAAUGAUAUAAGCAUCGGUGAUUUUGCUAGCAGUAACCCAGAGUCAACCAGCUCAUUUGGUUAUACCUACAGACCGCCAGCUUUUUACAGUUAUGCAGAGGCUAAAACUACAUCGUUGUUGGCUGGAAGUGCAAACUUUACUAUUGAUGAAAUUGAGGUGUUCUAUGAAGAUUAAGAGAUUCCACGGUAGAAGCAGAUAAGUUUGUUCUGUUCGACGAGAUUUUUUUAAAUCUUAAAAUAAAAAAAUUUCACCAUUUUAACUAAGGCAAAUGUACCUUUGUAUCGGCAGCAAUGUAGAAUGUAACAAAUGUAUUGGCAGCUCAAAGCUCUUCUGAGUGAAAAUCAAUAUUUUAAGCUUGAAGAAAUUUUAAAUAUUUGAUACAAUCAGAAAUCUAAAAACGUUGUGCAAACAUCUUCCUCUUUCUGAAAACUUUCCUCUUUCUUCGCCGGCGUUUAAGUUCACAUUUGGACUUGAAUAACUUACAAAGCCAACUUUUUAACAUUGUUAGCAUAGUGCACUCUGGAUGAUAUAAACAUAAAACAGGGUAAAAUACAGGUUAUCAAUCUUAAAAUUUAACGUGGGAUAUACAGAGUGUUUUUUAGACAGUAAUUAAAGCAUUGGCAUUGAGUAGUAUAACUCUCGUCGAAGAUUCUGCAUGGUUCAGAAAUGUAGGGUUAUAGCU